AUGUGCAGCAUCUACCUAUACCUUUACUUGGAUGACAUCCUCAUCAAGUCUCCCUCCUGGGAGAAAGGGAUAGAGGAUGUCCAGGCAACAUUGGAAUGUCUCAGCAACCAUGGAUUUGUGGUGAAUCAGGAGAAAAGCUUCUUGAUUCCAACACAGUCCCUAGAACAUUUAGGAGUGAUUCUGGACACAAAAUGCUUCCCGAUAUUUCUCAAUGAGGAACAGCAGUGCACCCCACAACCUCUCCCUCAGCUCCCGCUCCUCCCCUCACUCUCCCGCCUCCCCCGGCGCACCAACUCGCCGCCCAUCCGGCGAAGGAAGCGCCGCCGCCGCGGCAGGGCCCUGAGAGCGCGGGGCAUUGUGGGGAAGCGGGAAGAUGGCGGCGGCCUGGGCCUGGGCCCUGCGAGCGGCGUCUGGGCAGGCUGCCAUCUUGUAGCUGCUUGCCUGGCAGAAACCCCAUUGAAGUCGGUCUUCCCCACGCCAUUCAUUGGACAAGUAAGGGGAUAUUAUGUGGACUGGAGGAUGCUACGUGAUGUUAAGAGAAGGAAGAUGGCAUUUGAAUAUGCAGAUCAGAGACUGCGGCUGAAUUCCAUCAGGAAAAACAAAAUUUUGCCCAAAGAGCUCCAGGAAGUGGCAGAUAAAGAGAUUGCUGCCUUGCCUCGGGACAGCUGCCCUGUGAGGAUCCGCAAUCGAUGUGUUCUGACAUCCCGUCCACGAAGUGUUGUAUGGCGGUGGAGGCUCAGCCGAAUUGUCUUCCGCCAUCUGGCUGACCAUGCCCAACUCUCUGGGAUACAGAGAGCCAUGUGGUGAGCUAUGAACAAGCCUUCACUUCAGACAAGACAAACAUGACCCCCAUUUGAACUCCUAGAAUGUAUUGAAGGCAAUGUAUAAAUCACAGCAUAAACAGAGUGUGGGGUACGAAGAGUGCAAAUUGGUCGAAUGCUGUAGAAAAGGCUAGUUUUGAUUUUGUUAAGACUUACAAAUUUGCUCUUGGCAUCUUAAAAACAACAACACCCUAUGAAAAAUAAACAGCUCCAGGCUUGUA